CUUGGGUUUACACCGGCCCAAUGGCGUCAAAAAUCGGCAACUGGCAAAUUGCUUUGGAUAAUAUUAUUGAAGAAUUCGACAAAGAUGGUUCUUUAGAAUAUUUCCGAACACUCACCUCUAAUCAGAAUAGGAUUGAGUUUAUUCUAAACAAAAAUAUUAUUUUAAAUAUUCCUUGGAUCUCUGCCUAUUUGGAGAAUGCUGAUAAAUUACACCUGAAAUCUGACAAAAAAUCAGUCGCAGCACGACAAAAUGGCAACAAGGCAUUUCAAGCGAAGAACUUUGCAGUGGCUCUGGAGCAUUACACUAAGAGCCUAACUUUGGCACCGUUAACUUCCGAUGACCUUGCUCUUUCUUAUUCUAAUCGAUCUGCUGCUCUCUUUCAUCUCGGCAAAUAUCAAGCAUGCAUAGCUGACAUAGAAGAAGUCAAACAAUGUUCUUGUGUUCCUGCUCAUCUUCCAUCGAGACUCAGUCUUCGGAAAGCACAAUGUCUUUUCUAUCUUCAACGCUACAAAGAAGCAAAAACUGAAUUGCAAGAUGGAAUGAAGAACUUACAACAGAAAACUUAUGAUGAUCCAAAGAAAAAGGAAAGUUUAUUGUCUGAUUUUGAAAAAUGGCUGAAGAAAGUAGAAACAAAAUUCGAUCUGGAAUUAACAAAUGAUAUUACCUCAACUCAUCUGCUUGACACUGACAAUGUCUGCGAACCCUGUACCAAAGUUAGUUAUGUCACCAAUUCUGUCGUUACUUGUGCAUCGAGUGCUGUUGAACUCCAAGACAAUAGCAGUUUAGGCCGACAUCUUCGAGCGAAACACCCUCUCAAAGCAGGAGAUGUCCUUAUCGUUGAGAAGCCGUAUGCUGCUAUCCUCCUACCAGACUACUACUUAUCUCAUUGUAAUUACUGUUUAGAUGAAUUAGUUUCUCCUGUACCCUGUCAAAGAUGCUGUCACGUCCUUUACUGUAGCCGCAUCUGCCGUCAACAAGAUUGGUCGUCCUGUCAUUAUGUGGAAUGUUAUUUUCUGAAAUUGUUGCAUUCUGUUGGUAUUGCUCACUUAAGUCUGAGAAUCAUCUUGGUGACUGGCUUACAGUAUCUCCUUGAUUUCAAAGAAAAUCACACCAAAGACACACCUCCUUCGGGAAUUGAUGGUCUUACUGAUGCUGGUUGCUAUGAGACUAAUUACUUAUCUGUCUACAAACUCAUGACUCACUCCACCGACAUACCUGCUGAAGAUCAGCUGCAAUAUUCUAUGACUGCAGUUCUCUUGCUUCACAUAUUGAAUCAAUCUGGAUGGUUCCAGGAGAAGUAUACAGUUCAACAGAUUUUAGACAAUUAUGAUAACAAGGCCAAGGAAAGCCAUUUAUUGUGGUCUGAGCCACACCGUUAUGUUGGGGCUGUUCUAUUACAUCACAUCCAACAACUCAUAUGCAAUGCUCAUGCCAUAACCAAACUAGACUUUUCUGAUCCAAGACCUACCACAGUCAAUGAUGGAGUUUCUAUACAAACAACCAGCCAAGUUCGCCUUGCUACGGCUGUGUAUCCGACAGUUAGUCUUCUAAACCAUUCUUGUCAACCUUCCAUAUCGUUAAGUUUUCAGAAAGAUACGUUGGUUGUUCGUUCAGUGAAAGACAUCUCAGAAGGAAAAGAAGUUUUCAGCUGCUACGGGCCCCACAGCUUCAGAAUGGAUUUUGCGGAACGUCAACAGAUUCUGAAGGAUCAAUAUUUCUUUAAAUGUCAAUGUGAAGCCUGCAUCCUGGAAGGUUCCCACAGACCAUCAGCUUCGGACGAAGACUGCUAUCAAUGUUUCUCGCAGUUACCAUGUGAAAAUGCCAAGGAGCACACAAAGUCAGCUUUACUUGGUGAAGCAAAUAACUUCAAGAAGGCUCUGACUUUACUGGAAUCAAAUAAUAUUGAAGAUGCCCUCGCUACAUUCCGUCUCUGCGCUGAUCUACGCAAGAGACUACUUGCACACCACACUAAGGAUUACGGUGAAAUACAGGACUGCAUUGCUCGAUGUUUGGCUUCUCUUGGUAAAUACAAAGAAGCUUGCAAAGUUUUAGAAUCCAGUUUGACAAUUACUGAAGAUUGUUAUGGCAGUGGUAGCCUGGAACUGGCACGAGAACUCCAGAAAUUCUGUGAACUGCUCUACAUAGCUGGAGAAAGGAAAAAAGCUUUAAAAACUAUCAACCGAGCGAAAAGUUUAUUUGCUAUACAUUUUGGUUUGAAAUGUCCUGAAUAUGGAGAACUUGCUUUGCUUGAAUCUAAACUUCAUUUACAAAAAUAAAGAAAACUUUAAAUCUAAUUCUGUAGUCCAUAGCAAAAUAAUAAAAUAUUUUGUUACU